AUGUCCCGCCGAGACGACCGCCGCCCCAACAUCUCCAGGCCUUUCGACCCCGCCGUCUCCGCCUGGGGCCAACAGCCCGACCGCUCUUCUCCCGCUGCUACCCAUCCCACCAUCUCGGCUCCUUCCAACGUCCAAACAUCUGUCUGGCCCAAUGGCGACGACGACGCUCCAAGCGCUCCUAACGACCCGUCUGAUAGGGGUCAUCAGCGAGACUUCUCUGAUACUUCGAGGGAUAUACCACUCAUGUUCCAGGGAACUCAAGGUUCGAUUGAUGGUACGAUGGAAGGCGAUAAUGCUCAGGCGAAUAUGACGUCCCGAUUUUCGUCUGACAGUUCUCGUCCUACGACUGGAAACGCCUCCCAGGCUCCCGUGACUUCUCGCUUCUCGAGCGAUACUGAUGACAGGCCGUCCACUGGAGGACAGGGAAGUAGCGGUGAUCAGGGGAUGAGGAAUACGUGGAUUGGUUCUAGUCCUGAUAGCGCUACUUGCCGCGAACGGGACACUGAGCUGCAGAGAAGGCAGUUGAGGCAGCAGCAGAGAAGAGGGCAUCAGGUUGGAGCGAGCGAGGUCAGUGAUGCCAGCAGAGAGGUGGUGAUAGGUCUCGAGACUACUACUACGGCUCCAGACAGCAGGAGGACCUCCAGCGAGUAUAGCCAGUAA